GAGUGCAAAGCGCCAGGACGCACUUCAUGCUCUGCAACAAUAGCGAGACUUCAUUCACACACAAGUCAUUUCUAGACACUACGAAAAAGCGUAGAAGAGUUAAUUUAUUAACAACACAGGUCAGUCAUUUCAGUUUCCUUUUUCCAUUCUUUCCUUCUUUCUUAUUUUAUUUCCUGAUUUCUUGAGUUCUUGAGUUCUUUCUCUCUCUUUCUCUCCCUUUUUCUUUCUUUGUGUCUUUCUUUCUUCUCUCGCUUUCUUUCUUUCUUUUCUCGCUUUCUCUCUUUCUUUCGUUUUCUUUCUUCUUUCCUUUCUUUCUUCCUUUCUCUUCUGCUGCACUCGGUGACGACGUGUCUUGGUUGCGCGCUUCGGACUGCGCCUGGAUUGUGAUGGACCUCCGGAGGUGUGCGCGUCCCCGGGGUGCCAGAAGACAUCUGCAAGCUUAGCCAUCCUUGGUAGCACUGAAAGGCUAAUUGGACCCGGAGGAACAAGGACAUGGCGCAUGACGAGUCAAGUUGGUCUUGUGAAAUUAGACAGAGAAUUUUUUUAAGACCCAAAAAUGGUGUCUUUUAAUCUGGAAUGAGACACAACGCAUUCGCCAUGAAUCCCUGUUGGAACCGACAACAUCAAAAAAUUCUACUAAAUAAGGACACGGAUGGGGAGUAAUUUGUUUCUCAAAAUCUGUUGUGUAAUCCUCAUUAAUGGUCACUGGUUUAUGGUCCUCUAGCACUGCUCUCCAUCUUGUUUUCCGCCAAGACCUCAAUCAUUCAAUCAAGACCUCAACCGUGGUUGACUUUACCUUUCUCUAGUUACGUCUUGUUUAGGUCGUGUCGUCGUCCACCGAUGUUGGAAAAAAAGUAACAAGCUUAAUUUUUACAAAGUAAGGAGAAGAAAAUAUCUGUUUUCUCGUAUAGGGAGCAAAAGUAUGAAGUCAUCAGAAAAAUACAUACUUAAAAGUACAAAUGCAGAUACAAUCAUGAAUUAUGUGUACUUCAUUAUUUGCCCUCUCUGGUCCCUUUGCCCGUUGUUUGUGCAGGCCACACAGUGACUUCGGUCCAGGAGCCCCUCAUGUGUGGGGCUUCCUCCUCUGUGUGCUCGUCCCCACCUCCCCUCAUCCUCCCAUCUUCAGUGGGAUGUCCCAGGUGUGUCUCCUCUUGGCCUUGCUCAUGCUCUGCAGGUGCACAAAGGUGUCUUCCACCACAUCCCUGGAGCGUUUGAAGAAGCAGUGGAGCAGCUACAAGAACCAGUGUUUAGACUUCUUGAACUCCGCACCCCCCACAACAGGGGCGGUUUGUAACAGGACCUUUGACCAGUUUGCCUGCUGGCCUGAUGGAAUCCCUGGAACCACAGUCAAUGUCUCUUGCCCUUGGUUCUUGCCAUGGCAUUAUAAAGUCCAACAGGGUGUGGUCUACAGAUUCUGCGGCCAAGAUGGUAGAUGGGCCCAGAAGAAUACCAGUGAAUGUGAGGAUGAACCUGGCCAGCAGCAAUAUGGCCGCAUCCUCAGUAAGUUUCGGAUCAUGUAUACGGUGGGAUAUUCUCUGUCUCUGGGAGCUCUUCUACUGGCUCUGGGAAUCCUCAUCAGCUUCAGGAAGCUGCACUGCAUGAGGAACAACAUCCACAUGAACUUGUUUGCUUCCUUCAUCCUGAGAGCCGUGUCCAUUCUGGUCAAAGAUGCCCUGUUGACCCACACCCUGGACCCCAGGAGCAGUGGUGAAACUCGGGCUCAAACAUGGGUCAACAUACCGGCUGUGAUUUGGUGUCGGGGCGCCAUGGUGAUGAUGCAGUACACCGUGAUGGCCAACAACUAUUGGCUGUUGGUGGAAGGCAUCUACCUGCACAGCCUGCUCAUCGUCAAUGUGUUCAGUGAGAAGAAGUACUUUUAUAUUUACAUGGCCAUCGGUUGGGGUGCACCACUUGUAUUUGUUUCCCCCUGGAUCACAGUGAAGUACCUCUAUGAGAAUGAGGAGUGCUGGGAGAGAAAUGUAAACAUGGGAUACUGGUGGAUAAUCCGUUUCCCAAUUUUGGUUGCUUACUUGAUAAAUUUUUUCAUUUUCAUACGUAUCAUCAAAAUUUUGAUGUCUAAACUCAGAGCUCAUCAGAUGAGAUACACAGACUACAAAUUCAGAUUAGCAAAAUCGACACUGACUCUAAUCCCUCUGCUGGGGAUACACGCUCUUCUCUUCACCUUUGUCAUCGACGAGUCCGUACCAAAAGGUUCCAUGCUGCGCCUGAUACGGCUCUUCUGUGACCUCCUGUUCAACUCAUUCCAGGGGCUGCUUGUUGCCAUCUUGUACUGCUUUGUCAACAAAGAGGUGCAGUCAGAGAUUCUGAAAAAGUGGAAGCGGUGGAAGCUGGGUCAGGACAUUGGCGAGGAGUACCGCCACACCCACAGCCAGACGCCACACAUCAAAAGUGGCAGCAUCGGCACAGGAAACCUGCCUGAUCUCCAUGACAACAACACCAGUGACCCCAUUGGGGGAUCACCGGGGGGUACACCGGAACACAAAAAAGAUGACAGAGGCUCAUCCAGCUCCACCGCACCUGAUGAAAACCGCCAGUUGGUUGUAUCCCACAGCAACGGGAUCGGGAAAGUCAACAAACAGACCUUUCACCUCUCAUUCUUGUCACAGCGAGCCGCCACUAGCCACGCCAACACCGCCUCAGAGGAUGUGUGUCUGGAAGAGAGGGUGCACUCUUACCCAAUGGGAGGAGAAGAAACUGAUGUCUGAGUCCUCCGUCAACGUGGCAAUGCUUUUAACCAGUUUAAAGGGACAUGUAAUGGUUUGAGGGGGGCUUAAGCAAAAAAAACAAAAACAAAAGACCAGACAUGCAGAAUGAAAUAAUGACAGUAGAAUCCAACAAAGGUCAUGUGCUGUACAAUGUGAUCGUGUUCGUGACUGUGUACUUUUCAUGUUGGGAAUUAUGCUUCUGUUGUGUGCCUCUUUGUUAUAAUGGAUGCACAUUUGUGGUACUGCCCAACACGACUCGCUGAGUUUCAAUGGCUUUAAAAAAACAUCUAUUUUAUAAAACUGAAUGUGAACUACAGCAUGCAUCGCUUGAAAGCAUCUUUACCUAGUGCAGUCCACAAAGUAUUCCCGCACAAUGACCACAGCAUCUAUGCCGCAUUGUUUAAACGUGUUUUUUUUUUUUUUCACGUGACCAAAGCCAAAUAGUUAAAUAAUUAUGUAUGUGUAUUAGUGUCUUUAAUUAUUCCACGAACAUUCAUUUUCCCCAUGGUAUAGCUAUAUUUUGGUAAAUGUACAAUGGUGAAAUAUGGGUGGAAUAAUGUUAGACUUAAACUAUCACGAAAGAUGUAUACUGGCUACCACAACUGGAUGUUUUGUGAAGACUUAAUUUUCACUCAAUUACCUUUUAACAAACUUGCAUUUUAAAGAGCUAAAAAACAAUGUAACACAAAUUGUUAUCUUGUGUAGCAAUAGAUUGAUGCUUUGGAUCACCAUCAUCAUGCUAUUCUGUCAUCCCUCACAUUUUGAGCUGUAUAUUUUCUAAAAAGGAUGCAUGCACGCAUAUAAUUGUAUGUGUAUCGUGUGUACUCAAAAGUCCUUGCACAAUGACUGUCAUUUGUAAGGGGAAGGUGAUACAUUUUGUUGCUGCUGCAUUUGCAGUUCUUUUGAAAGAGUACCACAGUCACAGACUUGAUCUUUUUUAAUAGAUUAUUAAAUUUUCUCCUUCCAUUGAAGGAGAAUGUGCCACACAUACUGUAGCCAAUUGCUUCCGUUGUUGCGUUGUUAAAAUAUAUGAGUAAAAAUGUUAUUUAUCUUAUGUUUUUGUUUUUAUUUGUUUAUCUUCAAAUUGUUUGGCAAAUGUUAAUUUGUUGCACUGGAGUGAGAAUUUAUACUGUAAAUAUACUGUUGGUAAAAUAGAAUAUGAAGACAAAAUGCAGGACGGCUGACUCAAAUACAAAAACUAUUUAUUAAAAGGACAGGUCCCGCGACCCUAGUGAGGAUAAGCAGAACGGAAGAUGAAUGAAUGAAUGAAAAAGGACCGGUGAGGGUGGAAACUAAUGUCAAAACAGGAGCAAGUUGUAGAUGAAAGCCAAUUUUUGUGUUGACGUGUGUGUGUGUGUGAAUUCUAUUAAAGGAGUUCUGGUCC